GCGCGGCCGCCGCGUCCCCUGCUUGCCGCUGGCCGCUUCUUCUCGAGAGGUGGCAGUCACUGUUGCUGCUGAGAAACCAGCCCGCAUUUCCACGGCUGGGCGUCUGGUGCGGAGUUGAGACGCUGCGCCUCCUGCUUGGACCCACAUGGCUUGUUACCUGGUCAUCAGUUCGAGACAUCUCAGCAAUGGGCACUACCGGGGCAUUAAAGGAGUCUUCCGAGGGCCCCUCUGCAAGAAUGGAUCUCCCUCUCCGGACUUUCCAGAAAAGGAGAAGUCCACAGCAAAGGCCCUGGAAGAUGUAAAGGCAAACUUUUACUGUGAAUUAUGUGACAAGCAGUAUCACAAGCACCAGGAGUUUGACAAUCAUAUUAAUUCUUACGAUCACGCUCAUAAGCAGAGACUGAAAGAAUUAAAGCAACGGGAAUUUGCUCGAAAUGUAGCUUCCAAGUCAUGGAAAGAUGAGAAGAAACAAGAAAAAGCACUUAAAAGGCUUCACCAGCUGGCUGAGUUAAGGCAACAGUCUGAAUGUGUUUCUGGAAAUGGACCAGCAUACAAAGCUCCCAGGGUAGCCAUAGAAAAGCAACUCCAGCAAGGAAUUUUCCCAGUUAAGAAUGGCAGAAAGGUAUCGUGCAUGAAGAGCACUCUUCUCCUUAAAGGAAAGAAUCUCCCCAGAAGCAUUUCUGAUAAACAGCGGUCCACCAUGCAAAAUCGACACCAGUUACCAAUGGACAGACGUUAUUUAUUCGGAAAUCGGGUACCACAGACAUCUUCAGACCUCAGCAAUGCAAAUCACAGGACAGGAGUAUCAUUUUCUUUUUCCAAAAAAGUACAUCUAAAAUUAGAGUCUUCAGCAUCAGUUUUUAGUGAGAACACAGAAGAAACACACGAUUGUAACAAGUCCCCCAGCUAUAAAGCAAAAGAAACUGCAGAGAAAUGUAAGUGCCGCAGGUUUGCAAGUGAGGACGUACCUCUUACUAAGGAAAAAGAUAUAAACAUCACACCAAGCCAUCUGGAACAUGUUUUACACAAUACCUUUUCCAUCAGCUCUCAAAUCGUGCAAGACAAAAAUGACUCUAUUGAUGAAACACUGGAAGAUUCGAUUGGCAUUCAUGCUUCAUUCUCUAAAUCUAAUAUUCAUCUUUCAGAUGUGGCUUUUACUCCUUGCAGCAGAGAAAAAGAAAUUCGAGGUACACCGAAGAACACUUCAGAAAACUGCAUUAAUCACUCAUGCCAAGCAAAUGCUUCCUCCAGCUCACCAAACAUUUAUAGGCACAGUGAUGCCAGGAUAUUUGAAUGUCUGGAUGAGUUUCCAUCACUGGAGCCAAGUAAGCAAAACAGUACAGUGCAUCUGAAUCCCAACUCCAGAAUGGAGAAGAGAGAAAAAUCUUUAGAUGAAACAGAAAGAGUUGGCAAAAAUGCAACAAGGCUUGUAAGAGAAGCAUGUCCACAUGACGUGAAGUCUAAACCAUUGCCUUUUCUCCAUGUACAAAGUAAGGAUGGCCACACCACUCUCCAGUGGCCCACGGAACUUCUGCUCUUUACAAAAACGGAGCCCUGUAUCUCUUAUGGAUGCAACCCAUUAUAUUUUGAUUUUAAGCUUUCUCGGAACACAAAGAGUGACCAUGAUUCAGAGGACUUAAAAAGAGAAUUGAUUAAGGAGCCCUCAGAAAUGAAGACUACAAUAGAGAGCCAAGUCUCAGGUUUAAUCAAAGACCAACAGAAAUUGAUCCAAGAAAAUGAUCAAUCUCUGAAACCAAAGAUGAUGAUAGCUAAUCCAGAUUGGGAAAGUUUCCGGAGAAAAUGUAAUUCGGGCUACAGUGAUUCUGAGUCAAAUAUGAGUAAAGAUAAUUUUAGUGCAAGUGAUUUGGAAAUGAAAAAUCCUGAAGUGCCUGCUUUCCUUGAUAUCUCUCUAAAGAAAUGUGUAGAAAACAAUGAUAAUAGUGAUAAUGGACUUAAGGAACCUUCAAGGACCCAUUGGCAAAGCUGCCAAAGGGUAGUUCUAAAUGAUGUAAAUGAGGGCCUAUCUUUUUCUCCUUACAUCUCUAGGACUAAAGAACCAAAACUGAUCCCUUGCGAUCCUCAUUCAGAUUUUGAAGAUGCAAAUCAAUUUACCUGGAAUUCUAGUCCUUACCCAGUGAGGGGUCAUAGUGAUCAUGGGAAGGACUUUAGUGUAAUUGUGAAUAGGAACCACAUCAGCAUGACCAGCAGGGUUUCUAGAUGUAGAAACCAAACUUAUAAGAGAAAUUCUCCAAAGUUGUCUCUGAAUCGAACUUCUAGCCCUUCAGACACAUACCCUGGCAGCACAGCCAGCUUGAGAGCUACUUGUUCAGUUCAUAAGUCCAGCGACAAGGGCAGAGGCAAUUUGCUGUACUUUUGUAAAAGAGAACACAACCCAGUUGAAAGGCACAAAGGGAGACACCAAAACCCGAACUGCCUCUGCGUGUCUGAGGAGUUAGCAAAGAGCACCUGCCUGCCAUCUGAAAUACAGAGAGACCGCAACUACAGAUUGUGGGAAUCAUUUAAGAAUGAAAAAUCCUCAAAACAUAGAUACAUUCGGUGCAGAGAAAGAUAUAAACUGGGCAAAAAUCAACAGCAGUUUUCAGGGCCCAAAUCCAGGAGAAUCGCCCAUUGUGAUUCUAGCUCACAGGUUUCCUGUUCCGGAAAUAGUGAAGAAGCACCAAACUGCCAGGGACCUCAGCACAGCAGAUUGGGCUCUUACUCAAGAGAGAGAAUUUAUUGCUUAAGUAAAAGCGAGAGAAGUCAAGAGUCGUUGGACAGCCCUCGUAUUUGUGACCUAGGAAAAGUAAAAUCUGUGCAGUAUAACUCUGGGAAUAUCAGCUGCCUUCUAAGAAAUUGUUCUACCAGCCCUUUAGAAAGCACAGAGUUGGCCAUUACAGGAGAGAGGACACCCCUGACAGCCAAAAGCCUUUUAGAAAUAGCGCAAGCCAAGAGGUGUCAGGAACAAUCAACUAAUUUUGAGGUCUCUUCAAAGAAUUGUGAAAAUGAAUCAGAGGCUCAUUCACAAAUUCAAUGCACAAUUCAAUUCACGCCACUGGGCUGUAACAGACCCGCACUGCCUUUGUCUGAAAAAACACAGAACACAAGUAAACAGAGAAUUGAUAAAGGCAGUACAAUUCAAAGAACUAUUGAGAAAGACAAAGUCAAAAGUUCACAGACAAACAAUUUUCAUGUUUUAGUAGAUCCUGAUUGCGAUAACCAUCUUUCUAAAGGUAUAAUUCAUGUAGUAGCAGAUUCACAGUCACCAAACAUGAAAAAGAACCCAACAACAAAAGAACCAGUAAAACCUUUAAUUAGCGAAGUCCAACAUUGUAUUCAAAGCCGUGACCCACUACCAAAUGAUUUCCCUGGUGCUUUUCCAUCUAAUAGAUAUACUGGUGUUACUGAUUCCACAGAGACCAAAGAGGACCAAAUAAAUCCUGACUUACAGGAUGUAAGCAUGCAUAUGAAUCACGUAGAGGGGAAUAUAAACUCUUACUCUGACAGAACUUUGCAGAAGCAUGACAAAGUAGAAGAUGAAUUAGAAGUGUGCCAUAAAUCUAGCUCUCCCCCCUUAAUUCAGCAGCCAAUAACAUUUUCUCCUGAUGAAAUAGAUAAAUAUAAGCUCUUACAGCUACAAGCCCAGCAGCACGUGCAGAAACAGCUCCUCUCAAAGCAUCUUCGAGUUGUGCCUGCCUCGGGGCCCACUGCCUUCUCUCCGGCCUCGGCGGUCCAGACGGUACCAGUUCACCAGCGCACCUCCAUCACCACCAUCCACCACACCUUCCUGCAGCAUUUUGCUGUUUCUGCCUCCAUAAAUUCCCAUGGUGGUCCCCUCCCUAUAGCUCACCUACAUCCUCUUUCCCAGCCACAUUUUACGCCGUUCACGUUGUCACCUCUGACUCCGACCAUCAUCCCCGCACACCCCACUUUCUUAGCUGGUCACCCGCUGCAUUUGGUCACUGCUGCCCCCUUCCACCCACCGCACAUCGCGCUGCAGCCCCUGCCCUCGGCCGCAUUGAUCCCUGCAUUGUUUGGCCCUCACUUAAACCCAGCCACGGCUUCUAUCAUCCACUUGAAUCCUUUAAUCCAACCAGUGUUUCAAGGUCAAGAUCUUUGCCACCAUUCUUGCUCCAGUCAGAUGCAGCAGUUAAACGGAGUGAAAGAGGCCUUAAAUGUACCAACGCACUUGAACUGAUAGGUGUCGAAGCCCCUCUUGUGGAUAAAUAAAACAAAUUGUCACUACCUACAAAAUGA